AUGAGGCUGUCUCCAUCUUAUACCUCGCGGUCGGCUGGUCUCGACGGCGAAGCUUUCUGUCGAGCUGAGAAGCCACCGUAUCGAUCCAUUCGUACCCUGCACUUCAACCAUACCGGUAAUUUCACCGACCUCUGCGAUACUGUCCACGAGAAUGUUGUGGUUGUGUCCGAGAUGUCCCAAUUCUCGCCUACGCUGAAAGCAAAUUGGGCAUGUGCCAAAUUGUCAGGCCACCGUUUCGAGCGAAGUCUGCUUGAGGCUGCAGACUUGCUUUGUAGUCUAUGCUGGGCGAUGACGCCAAACGAGAUGUCGCUAUCAAGCUUGGCGCAUGAUGCAGGCCGGGAGCUCAGGGGCAUGGUCUGUACCGUAAGGCGGACCCUAACCAUCGAAGAGGAUCGCGAAGCGAUUGGCUCUUCUCGAACGCCCAAUUGGUUAUUUGCAGAUUCUACUGCAGAGUUGGCCGAAACAGGAAUGCAAGCAGGCCAGAGAAUUAGCUGUAAUAAGCCAAUGCGCAAGAGCAGAAUAUGCGCCAAAAGCAAAGCAGCUUCAAGUUGUCGAUCAAAGGAGAAAGCGCCGCCGCUUCCUAUGCGCCGUGAUGGCUUGGUGGCCACCACGUUGCUGGGAACGCAUGAACGCCACGCCAGGUGCCUCCAUGAUGUGUCUGCGAUUUAUGGAAUCCCUGUACUACUGGUGCCGCUUGUACGAAUGCUAUACCAAAUUCAUUUGGUGCUCCACGGGCUGAUUCUAGAAAAUCACGAUGAGGAUGAGAGCUUCGCGUGGCUCUCGACGAACACUCGCAUGCGGUCGAAGAAGGAUGACGAUGGUCCCGCCCUGGUCGGAGCCAAAGCACUCAGCGUGCACAGUAUGAGCCUCCAACGUGAUGGUAAGAGUGACCUGACUCACGCAAUGCAUAUCAAUGUGGCUAGCCAAAAGGCCACAGCGUUGGGCAGCAAGACGAAUGGUAUUGCUGCGUUCCUCGUGGCGGAGACCAGAUGUCCGCCUCUAUAUAGGUACUGUACCUCGGUGUCCACUCGAUGUUCCGGUGACAAGCGCGAAUAUCGUGGCGCGGGAGCGUGGUACGUCCAUCCGCGACACAUCCUUGUUUCAGAGAGCGUGAGGGAGGUGGGAGGUGGUGUUGACGUGCAAGACGGAGAGGGAGGGAUGUGGGAACAGGAGGCCGUGCCGUGCCGUGCCGUGCCGUGCCGAGAAAUACACCCUUGGUAUCAAUGCUGCGCACAUGUUCACUCUGGCAUGACGAAGGACUUCGUCGUCAUCUCUACAAUGGAAGAGGCAGCCAACUACCCAGUUGAGCAUCUCCAACACCAACGACAUCCGAGUAUCAGCUCGCCUGUACAAAGGCGGACCAAGGUACACGCAGUCGAACGACUGUCGCUGCUUCUCGAACUUCGCGGAAGCGACCUAGAAGCUCAUACUGAUGCCCCUACGGGUUCUCAUCGUUGCUUCCACGACCAAGCUGCCCAUCGCGACUUGAAAGGCAUCUGGUAUAGCGUAUUUGAAGCCGCUGCCAUCGCCAGGAAGUCCGCGCUGGACGCUCAUGACCGAGAUCAUGUGCCUGGAAGUAAUCAGUAUCCACUCGUGAAUCUGCUACGACCGAAACGCCGAGCACUGGGAUGUCCGGUCCGUGGAGCGUAG